AUUAGUAUUCCCACGUAGACAGCCUAAUGUGUGUGGUAGGAGUAAAAGAGCACUAAUAUCUUAAGCAUAAAAGGAAAAGCACUGAAUACCUUUUCAGUGCGCAGCUGCUGAUACUUUCUGGCAACACACUCUUAGUAGCGAGGUCGAGGACGUUGUUCUCAAGGUUUUAAGCAGUUCCAGAUUUUUUAUCAUAUCAGUUUAAAGAAUUUCUGAGAGACUACAUUCUGGACUCGAAUGUGCAUGGUGUAUGUACAUGAUACUACCGAGCAAGUCAAGCUAAAAUGGAAUCUGAUGCACUGGCAUGGGGAGACAAACUCGUACUGAGGGGAUUGUCAUUUCAUGGCUUCCAUGGAGCAAAGCCAGAAGAAAGGAAACUAGGCCAGAAGUUCGUGGUAGAUAUAGAUGCUUGGAUGGAUCUUGCAGCUGCUGGAAAAACUGAUCACUUAUCAGAUACAGUCAGUUACACAGAAAUAUAUGAUAUAGCCAAGGAAAUUCUGGAAGGGUCACCUCACAACCUUCUGGAAUCAGUGGCCCAAAAAAUUGCAAUAACUACUCUGACAAAUCAUAAAGAAAUUUUAGCUGUUCGAGUGAAGGUUGGAAAGCCUCAUGUGGCAGUUCGAGGUCCAGUUGAGUACUUAGGCGUUGAGAUUUAUAGACGGAGGAGCGAUUUGUCAGGCUAAACUUUCAUAUUUGUUUUGGUUCCAUUCUCAUAUUUACUGCUGCAGAGCUUUUAACUCUAGAUAUUUCCAAACAAUGCAAAGCACCUUAUUAAAUUUUAA